AUGGGCGCCUUGAAUAUUUUGUUAAUGGUAUUAUCAUCAUAUAGAAUUUCGAAAAUUUUGAUCAUACCUAAUCAAUGUCUAGGUCUUUGGCCCAAAAACAACGACUUAUACAAACUCGAUCUCUACACACUUUAUGCCUCUGUAGCCGCACUUGUAAUACUAGUCGGACACAACUCGUGUGCACUAAUUAACAUUUUCUACGUCUACAAUGAUUUACAAGCUCUGGCGAAAAUAGUAUUUGUGGCAACAACAAAUUUGCAGGCGACUUUCAAAAUGUACACUUUUGUGAGAAACAUUAAGACGUUUAAGCAGCUGCUGGCAGCGUUAAACAGUGACUUGUUUCGACCUAAAACUUCUCAACAGUUCGAAAUAGUGAAAGCUACUUUGCGUACUUGGAGGAAGGCUUAUGCUUGGUUUCUUACGAUAUUGUGCGUAAUUAUAAGCAUGUGGUCUAUUACUCCAUUUUUGACUGGAGGAGUGCACAAUUAUCAGUUACCCUUUGAUGCUUGGUACCCUGUAGAAAUCAAGGUGUCGCCAAAUUAUGAACUUCUUUACUUCUAUCAAUUGUUGUGUAUUUGGCCUAUUAGUGUUGGGAAUAUCCACGUAGAUAGUUUAUUUCUUGCAGUUAUGAUGUACGUCAAAGUACAGUGCGAGAUUUUGUGUGAAGAGCUACGAACUUUGAAGGAUAAUGCGAAUUUUAACACGGAACUGAUUAAUUGCGUUAAACACCACAAAGCAAUUUUACGUUUUGCUCAAGAAAGCAACACUUUUUUUAGUGUGAUUGCGUUGGGACAAAUGGCCACAAGUACGUCCGUUCUUGCUUUAACAAUGUUUCAAUUGUCAUUCGUUAAUCCUGCCAGCGGAGAAGGGCUAGGUCAUAUUUUGUAUAUUACGGGAAUUUCGACACAAAUGCAUCUGUAUUGUUGGUUUGGGAAUACUGUAGAAGUUAAAGUAAGUACGCUUAGCAGCCAAAUUAUUUCCGCUUUAUACGAGUCGGAGUGGAUUAAUCAGCCGCCACCGGUUAAGAAAAAUCUUCUGAUUUUGAGUAUCAGGUGUCAAAGGCCUAUUAGAAUGACGGCGAUUGGUUUAUUUAUUCUCUCACUGGAAACUUUUAUAAGGAUUCUGCGAUCGGCUUGGUCGUACUAUGCUGUGUUAUCUAGUGUGAAUAAUGAUUAA